AUGGUCCUAUUCCUCGUGGCCGAGACGCUCCGGCUGCUGGAUCUGUACAAGUCGCUGCGCGACGACCCGCGCAACGUGACGAACAAGGGGAUCUUGCUGAAACAGCACGCGCGCGAGCAGCUGACGAGUGCGCUGAACGCGAGUUUCCCCCGGGAACAGCCGUGGACCGAGAGCCAAGUGGCCGUCAAGUUUAAGAACUUGCGCAGCGAGUACGUCGAGCUCAAGUGGCUCAGUAGUCAGCCAGGCUUCCAUGACGACGGCGUGGGGCUCAGUGAAGAGUGGUGGAAGAACGUCAAGCGGCUUCGGCCCAAGGCCCACGCGUUCCGAGGCAAGCUGCCGUGGAUCUUUGAGCCCAAGAUGAAGGCCAUUGUGGGGACUCAGGAGCCAAAACAAGAUCAUUCCGAAGCGUGGACGGCCGUGGAAGAGGAAGCCGAGGUGGAUAACCAGCAGCUCCUGCAGUCCCAACUGCAACCGCAGGAAGGAGAGUCCAGCAAGGAGGUGGCUGAUGUGGGCGAACUGACUGCAGUAUCAAGUGGUGCAGAGCCAAGUGACGAGGGAGUCGUGGCACCUGUUCGUAAGGUGCCGCAGAAGCGACCGCGCGAGUCCGACUCGAGCAAGAACAGUGAAGAACGGGGAGUACUUCGGGCCCAGGAUGACGACAGUGACUAUGAUCGGUCAUUGGCCAGAUCGGUGGAGCAGAGCUCGGUCGCAGCUGCUGGCAUGGCGCGUGGCUUCCAGGACCUCACGUCGAUGUUCCAGGAAGAAGCGGCUCGGUGUCGAGUGUUAGAGCAGCAGGUGGUGCGGGACACCAGGGAACUUUCGUUUCUAGUUGACCAGCGACACGUGCUGCUGGCUAUUGCCAACUCGCUCGAGCACAGUACGCGCGCUACUGCCGAUAUGGCCAAGGGGUACCGCGAGCUCGUGAGCGCUUUUGUGCGGGGGAAGACAGACGCCGAGCGGCAGAAGCAGCCGGAAGUCGACGCUAGCGUCCAGCCGGUUACUACAUAA